AUGUCCAGCGAUCGCCGUGUAAAAACUCUCAAGAUGCGGCUGAAGAGCUUGAUAGCAUCACUCAACCUCAUCAAAACCUUCGUCGAUGACUUCGAUGAGGGUACGCAAGCUGACGAGAUUCCCGUUCGGCUAGAGAGUCUAACCAAACUUUGGUCGGACUAUAAUACCGUGCAGAGCGAGCUGGAGACACUCGACGAGAGCACCCUCGACGCAUACCUGAAAGAUCGUAUGGGCCUCGAAUCGUCCUACUAUCGAGUCAAAGGUUUUUUGUUAGCCCACAAUAAAUCCCCGUUAAACCAAACCAUCCCAAAUAGCAGUCAAUUUGAGGCACAACUCCCUCCGUCGACAUCGCAGGUGCGAUUGCCGGACGUAAAGCUACCCGUUUUUGAUGGAAGACUCGAUAAUUGGCUCGUCUUCCAUGAUUUGUACGUCUCGCUGGUCCACUCUUCGGCUGCUCUGUCUAAUAUUCAGAAAUUUUAUUAUUUGCGGUCAUCCCUAUCAAAUACGGCCCUUCAGCUUAUUCAGUCGAUUCCGAUAAGUGCCAAUAACUACCCGGUGGCAUGGAAUUUACUCUUGAAGCAUUUCCAGAACACGGCACGACUGAAGCAGUCAUACGUGGACGCACUAUUUGACUUCUCUGCGCUAAAACGUGAGUCAGCUGCGGAACUACACAACUUAGUUGAGAAAUUCGAGGCCAACGUAAAGGUUCUUCAGACAUUGGGGGAACAGACACAACACUGGGACAUACUUCUCAUCCGAAUGCUUAGCAUCCGCUUAGAUUCAACAACAAGGAGAGACUGGGAGGAGCACUCGUCUUCUAAGGAAGUCGUCGAAUUUAAGGACUUGACGGAAUUUAUCCAGCGACGUGUAUCAGUUCUGCAAUCUUUACAUACAAAGAUCAUCGACAAUCUGCCGUGUAAUCAGAUGAAGAAGCUAGCUCAACGUUCCGUGUCCAGCCACGGUGCCAAUCAGAUCAGUCCUAGAAAGUGCCUCGUUUGUUCAGAUCAUCAUCCCCUAUACUCGUGCGGGAGUUUUGCGAAGAUGUCGACCGAAGACAAGGACAAGGAAGUACGUCGUCAUCAGCUUUGUCGAAAUUGCCUGAGAAAGGGUCACCAUUCUAAGGAUUGCUCAUCGUCUUCCAACUGCCGCAAGUGUCGUGGUCGUCACCACACGCUACUUUGUCACGAAUCAUCCUCUCCAUUAACUUCGAAGUCUCUCAGCCCUCAACAAUCAAAACUGGUAGAAGCGUCUCAGAUAACUGAUUCUCCCACUACUUCUGCGUCCGCAAAAAUAAUCGAGUCGGUCAGCUGCUCCUCUGCUGGCCACAAACAGCGAACAGUUCUUUUGGCUACAGCGGUCAUCAUUCUUGUUGACGACAACGGCGUCGAACACAUGGGACGUGCUCUGCUGGACUCGGGAAGCGAGUGCUGUUUUAUAACGGAACGUUUCUCACAACGCAUGAAGGCUCAGCGAAGAAAGAUCUACCUUCCAAUCAGUGGCAUCGGCCAAUCAUCUACACAAGCCAAACAGAAGUUCACUUCCAUCGUUCGUUCACGAGUUGGUGAAUACAAGACCAGCGUAGAAUUUCUUGUUCUUGCCAGCGUCACCAUAGACCUACCAUCUACGUCCGUCGACACUUCGACGUGGGACUUUCCACCUGGCAUACAACUUGCCGAUCCAUCGUUCGAUAGCACCAACCCGAUCGACAUCAUAAUCGGAGCCGAGAUAUUUUUCGAGUUGUUCCGAGUCCCCGGCCGAAUUCCUCUCGGGGACCAUCUUCCGGUGCUGGUAAAUUCAGUAUUUGGCUGGGUAGUUUCAGGAAAAUCCACCGUUAGCACAUCCAAUCCUCCAGUUGUCGCGAACAUCGCUACCGUCACAGACGUUCAUCACCUCAUGGAACGGUUUUGGAAAAUCGAGGAGGAAAGUUCACCUUCCACCUACUCCGUUGAAGAGCAAGCCUGCGAGCAGCAUUUUUGUCAAACCGUGUCACGUACCACAGAGGGCCGAUACGUAGUUCGCUUACCUUUCAAGGAAGCCGUUCUUGAGCAACUUACCGAUAACCGUCGGACUGCUGUCCGUAGGUUUCAUCUGCUACAAAGUCGUCUAAUCCGGAAUCCUGAUCUACGCCAGCAGUACAAGGCGUUUAUAGACGAGUACCUCGACCUUGAUCAUAUGGAGCGGAUACACGACUACGAAGAGCCAAACGUCAAACGCUUUUAUCUGCCACAUCAUGCAGUGCUUCGCGAAGACAGCACAACCACGAAACUACGGGUCGUCUUCGACGCUUCGUGUAAGACUCCUACAGGGCCAUCAUUGAACGAUGCACUAAUGGUUGGGCCAACCGUUCAAGAAGACAUACGGUCAAUCACAAUGCGUUCCCGGAAGCACCAGGUCAUGAUAGUCGCAGAUGUUAAAAUGAUGUAUCGCCAGGCUCUUGUCGAUCCUCGAGACACGUCAGUCCAGCUCAUCGUAUGGAAGCCUUCUCCAGACCAGCCGAUGGAAACCUACAGGUUAAAGACUGUCACGUAUGGCACUGCUAGUGCACCAUUUCUCGCAACGCGGGUAUUAACUCAGUUGGCCAAUGACGAAGGCUCUAAUUUUCCUUUAGCAGCUCCAGUUCUGAAGAAAGAUUUCUACGUGGACGAUCUCUUUUCCGGAGGCAAAACCGCAGCGGAAGUAAUCGAGCUGCGAAACCAGCUAGAAGGCCUCCUAGCAAAGGGUGGUUUCCAGCUACGUAAGUGGGCCUCAAAUGAUGAAGCUGUCCUUGACGGGAUUCCACCUGAAAACCGUGCCGUGCAGACAUCAGUAGACCUUCACCGGGACCAGGUAAUCAAAACGCUCGGUCUCUACUGGGAGAUAUCAACUGACUGCCUGCGCUACAAAAUUGAAUUGCCGUCGGACUCAGCAAAUCUACUCACUAAACGGCUCGCCCUCUCGCUUAUUGCACGCCUCUUUGACCCGCUCGGCUUAGUGGGUCCAGUUGUUACGACCGCUAAAGUGUUCAUGCAAAACCUUUGGACCUUGAAGGACGAAAAGGGAGCACUUUGGAGUUGGGAUCGUGAACUACCAAAUGAGUACCAGACGCGAUGGAUCAAUUAUCAGUCCCUGCUGCCAAACUUGAACAAUCUCCGCAUCAAUCGCUGCAUUUUGCUACCUGUACCUGAAACCGUCCAAGUCCACAUUUUUGCCGACGCCUCACAACUCGCCUACGGUGCCUGUGCUUAUGUCAGGUCCACUAAUACAGCUGGGUUGGUUAAAGUAGCUCUACUCUCUUCCAAAUCACGGGUUGCACCUCUCAAACAACUCAGCAUUCCUCGACUUGAACUGUGUGGCGCUUUAAUGGCAGCAGAAUUAUACGAGAAAGUAAAAUCAUCGCUACAACUCGACGCAGAUUAUUAUUUCUGGCUCGACAGCACCGUCGUACUGUGCUGGCUUAACGGUUCGCCGUCUGAAUGGAACACCUUCGUCGCAAACCGUACUUCCAAGAUUCAAAUUACCACCCAGAACUGUACGUGGAAUCACAUUGCCGGCCUGGAGAAUCCAGCAGACUGCCUAUCUCGUGGGAUGACUGCACAUGCGAUACUUAAAUUCGAUCUCUGGUGGCAUGGGCCACAAUGGUUACACCUUCAUCAACGUCACUGGCCGGUAGGAGCUAGCAAAUUUGAUCAACCAUCUGCGGCAGUUCAAGAAGCACGUCGCGCAUCAGUAGCAGCACCAUCAACUCCGAGCGAACCAUCUUUUGUCGACCUGCUCGUCGAAAAAUUUUCCAACUUCCUGUCCCUUAUCCGGAUAGUUGCUUACUGUCAUCGUUUUAUUCGAAACUGCCGAACUGCACCAAGCGAACGACCGAAAACCUCACUCCUCAACGUCGAUGAUCUAAAUGAAGCUGAAAAUAGUAUCAUCCGAUUAGUUCAACAGCAAUCGUUCAGCGAAGAAUGGAAGCAGCUGAAAAACAAUCAACCAGUGUCAUCGAAGUCCCGUCUCAAAUGGUUUCAUCCCUUCGUAUCUUCGGAGCAGCUGAUUCGAAUAGGUGGAAGGUUAGGAAACGCACUGCAACCAUAUGACGUCAAGCAUCAAGUUCUUCUUCCUCGAUCGCACCCAUUUUCGCUUCUCUUGAUCCGUAGCUACCACGAAAGGCAUCUUCACGCCGCUACCCAAUUGCUUCUAAACCUACUACGACAGCGCUACUGGGUCAUCGGAGCCAGAAGCCUAGCCAAACGAGUGAUCCAUAGCUGCGUUGUUUGCUUUCGAGCUCGUCCAAAAAUGUUGGAGCAAUUUAUGGCAGAAUUGCCAGCAUCACGAAGCACUGCGAAUCGACCCUUUUCCACCACAGGAGUGGACUACUGGGGACCCAUCUUCCUCAAACCCACUCAUCGACGAGCUGCACCAGGAAAGGCUUACGUGGCAGUAUUUGUAUGCUUCUGCACCAAAGCGGUGCAUCUAGAAUUGGUUUCCGACCUGACCACAGCCAAGUUCAUCCAAUCACUUCGUCGGUUUGUAUCUCGCCGAGGAUUGUGUACAGACCUAUACAGCGACAACGGGAGGAAUUUUCUGGGAGCCGCUAAUGAGUUGAAGCAAUUAGUGAACAGCAAGGAGUUCCGGAAUGCCAUCGCUCAGGAAUGCAAUGCACAACAAAUUAGAUGGCAUUUCAAUCCACCCAAAGCGUCAAAUUUUGGUGGUCUGUGGGAGGCUGCCAUACAAUCGGCUCAAAAGCACUUCAUUCGAGUCCUCGGAAAAAACAGCCUUCCGUAUGAUGAUAUGGAAACCCUUUUGUGCCAAAUUGAGUGUUGUUUGAACUCGCGACCACUUGUUCCACUAAGCGAUGACCCAUCGGACUACGAACCCUUGACACCAGGACAUUUUCUUACUGGAUCCCAACUAAAAUCUGUUCCUGACGUCGAUUACACCGGAAUUCCUACAAACAGGCUCUCGAAGUGGCAUCACGUCCAGAAAUUGUACCAGCAGCUGUGGAAGAGGUGGCAUCUGGAAUAUCUUUCCACUCUGCAAACUCGUUCCAAAUGGCUCCAUCCUCCAAUCCAAGUUCGAGAAAAUGAACUAGUUCUUCUUUGCGACGAAAAUUGUCCUCCGAUGCAUUGGCGGACGGGCAGAAUUCAGGCAACACAUCCCGGUACCGACGGCGUCAUCAGAGUGGUUACUGUCCAAACACCUAAUGGUCAAUUCGUCCGUCCGGUGAAUAAAAUCUGCCUUCUACCAGUAGCAUCAUCAUGCGACCAACAAACAACAACCGCGAAGUAA